AUGGGUCAUAUUCUUACAUUAUUAAGGCAACAGUGUAAUGACAAUUACAAAAAGAUGUUGAAGGCCACAUUAUGGAAUAACAUAUUAUCAGAUUCUCAAUUAGAAAAAUAUGGUUUAAUCCCCGAAGAAGUCUACAAAAAUACAACUUUAAGCUCUGAUUCAUUUCAAACUCUUCAAUCCUUCAAAUUAUCACCAGAAAAUUCAUGUGACGAUUAUCAACAUACAUCUAUGGAUGGUGCAUUAUUGAAGCCAAACUCAGACUAUGCAAAGAAAUGUACUCCAAGAGAAUAUUUAAAACGUUUCAUAUUCCCUAUACUUUUGCCUGCCAUGGAAGCAAUGCUUGAACAAGCUAAACGAAGUCACUGUUUUGAGAAAAAACGUUUCGGAUUCAAUGGAUUGGAUUUUUUGACAUUUUAUUUAUAUAAAAAUAAUCUAUACAUGAAAGAAGAUUAUGAUCGUAAAAAUGUACAACACAUAUUAAAUAUACCAUGGGUUAUUGAAGAAUUGGAAAAACAUCCACGUAAACCAUUACCACUUAGUUUACAAUGGACAGAUGAAGAAGCAGCAAUUAAAUUACAAUCAUAUUGGAGAGGUUAUCUGGUAAGAAAAAUCCCAGAAGUUUGUGAACUUCGACAAUGGCAAAUGGAAUGGAGAAGAUAUAAUCGAUUGAAAGCUAAUCAACUGGAAUAACUUAAUGUAAAAAAAUGUCCUAAAGUUUUUCCACAAAAAAACCCCAACAAAAUACCCAGUUACAACUACAAUUUGGUAAUCUGUAAUCAGUUCUUAAUUGAUUUAUAGUUACCAGUUAUAAAAAAGAAUACUGUGAAAAAUGCAAA